ACAGCCCACACCUCCCAGCAAUUGAACUUGAAAAAAACCCUGGUUUGAAAACUUACCACAAACUAUACUGUCAUCAAAAAGCCACUUCCUAUACUUGAGGCCAAAGAAGAGAGUGGCAGGCACGAUUUCCUGGCUGAGCAAACCAUUCUAAUACUUAAAGAGAGCAACACUUGACUGUUACAAUAGAGACUAGAUGGACCAGCAAGGGUGAAAGCCUGAAUGGAUUGAUCCUCUCUUCCCCACCCUCCCAGCAGGAUGCAAAGAGGCUGACAGGCGAACCCAGCAUUCUGCAGAAAAACGUCUUUUCUUCACUGCUCCCACGUAGGCAGCCAGUCCCACGUGUCAGGAAGAUGGAGCCAAGCUUGCUGGUGUGCGGAUUAUUGACGUUCACCAUGGUAACUGGCUACAUGGCAGAGUUUUGUUUUGAUGCUCCACCAAAAAUCAGAUAUGCCACUUUCAAAGCCCACACGUACAAGAAUGGCACCAUACUAAACUGUGAAUGCAAGCAAGGUUUUCGCAGAAUAAGUAAUGGAUCACCCUAUAUGCUUUGUAAGGGAAACUCUAGCCACACUUCCUGGGAGAACAAAUGUCAAUGCAUAAGUAACUCCCCUAGGAACACAGGAGAACCAGUUACACCUAAACCUGAAGAACAAGAGGAAAGAAAAACCACAGAAAUGCGAAGUCAAAUGCAGCCCCCGGACCAAGAAAACCUUCUAGGUCACUGCAGGGAGCCUCCACCAUGGAAACACGAAGCUAUGGGGAGAAAGUAUCAUUUUGUGGUGGGGCAGACAGUUCAAUACCAGUGCACCAACGGAUACUGGGCUCAACGGAGAGGCCCUGCCGAAAGCACCUGCAGAGUGAUCUGUGGGAAAACAAGAUGGACACAGCCCCGGCUCACGUGCACAAAUGAAGUUAUUACAGGUAAAGAAGAGGCUGAAUCAAGCACUGACACUCUUCCUGAGAGUGAAACUUCCUGUCCCUCAAUAACAACAGUUUCUCAAAAAUAUACAGAAGUGGUUGCAACCAUGGAGACGUUCGUAUUUACUACAGAGUAUCAAGUUGCAGUGGCUGGCUGUGUUUUCCUGCUGAUCAGUAUCCUGCUUCUCAGUGGGUUUACCUGGCGGCGAAAAUGGAGGAAGAGUAGAAGAACAAUCUAGAAAACCAAGAGUAGUAAGAAGCCAAGAACAUACAACAGAAGCAAUGGAGCACAAGGCAAAAUCAAAGAACUUAAACACUCAUCCAAGAAGCAUCUCUUGUAAUCACUUGGGUUUUAGAAAGCUCUGAAAUUGUAUCACAGAACCCCAGCAACUGCAACCUCAUCUCUAAGCCAGCUCUAUAGUGUCAAUGAGUGAGAUUUACCUGCUUCCAAUGCCAUAGCCAUUGAAGGAAAAGAGAGGAACAAGCACAACUCUCUGUUUUACUUUCAUGUAUAUGUGUUCAUUAAAGCUUAAAUGGCAUGGAACUCUCUCCACACCAUAUAGAGAAUUUAAAAAAGUAGCUUUAUGUUAAUUUCAUCCCCACUUCCCAGUUUAGAAUA